UCACGUUUCCCAACUCCAAGAUCUUCGCUUCUUUGCUUCUCAAACUUCCUUUUACUUGAUUUGACUUCUGUCCCUGCAAGCACCUCUCACAAACCACUCUCCCAGUCCUAACCUCGUCGUUAUCGCCAUCUUUGCUAGUUUGCUUUGCCUUCAGAAGAGGGAGUUUCCAGCCUCACAGGAUAUUGCCACAGUAUCUCUUAUCUUUCCUCUCCUUCCGUAACAGAAGAUACAACCAUGUUCGCCACUUCUAGCAACGUUCACAACCCGUCUGUUGCCCAACUAGCACGUCUCAAGAAGAAUGACGAAUACUUGACCUUCUUGAACGUCAAGUUGCAGGAUAUAGAGCAUGGAGUAUCCAACCAUUUUCCUCACUGGCGCGACAGCAUCUUUAGCUUUCAGGUUGCGCAAUGGAUCGAUGCUCUGCAAACCAACAAUACCGUGGAAGAAGUGACGGUAGAUUUGACCAUUGCAGAAGGGCAAGGCUUGGGGUUGUGGGAAGCCCGAAAUGUGCGUACCUUUUUGGAAUCAGUGGCGGCCAUUCCGUCGCUGGAAAAACUCGUGUUCAAGCAAUACACUCUGGGAUCAUUGGGUUCCUUUGCGGGAAUACGCAGUGCCAUUGAGAAUGCACGGUCGUUGACGCACUUGGAGAUUUGGGGGAAACGAAUCGUUGAAGGCAGCCAGGAAGAGCUACACGCAUUGGCCCAUGCCAUUCGACAAAAACCACAAUUACGGUCGUUCCACUUUCAUGGAUUUCUCAUGCAUUGGUUUGACGGUGGACCCGAACCAUACGUGCGGUCCCUGCUCCCUGUCUUGGACAACCCAUCCCUCAAGGAGCUCAAGCUGGGAGACACUAACCCGGGACAAUUGCCUCUUUUGGAAGCUCUGGGCACCAAUCACAACCACGCCAUUGAAACUUUGACAUUGGUGAUCGUCCCCGAGUUGCUUGAUGAGGUUUGUGACAAGAUCCAACAAGUGCUCCUGUUACCCCACAACAGCCACGUCCGUUCACUGUCCCUGGUCAACAGCACCAAUCGACGUUUGCCCGGCAUUAGCGCCAAGGGAUUUCAAUCCCUCACGCACUUGAUGGAGCACAACCAUUCCCUCAUGGAACUCAACACGUCCCCUGGAACACAGCCCCAUGCGGAUAUUGAAUUCUAUUUGCGCCUGAAUAAAGCCGGACGAAAGAUACUGUUUGAGCCGGAUGCAACCCGGAAGGAUUGGGUGAACGUCUUGUGUGCCUUGCUGCCAGAAGACAGUGUAGAGUCUCUAUUCUACAUUCUACAACUCAAUCCGUGCCUCUGUGAAAUCUAACAUUGAACCUAUAAAAAUAGAUAUGCAUCAGCAGGCCAAUGGGAAGGACCGGUCACGUACCUGUAUGGCAAGGACCGGUCACGUACCGGUACUAGACUGUAGUUUCCACAAGAUAGGUAGUUUCUAAGAUCGUAUGAGUUUUCUAAGAUUCACAUAAAACCAUGCCAAUUCUCCAGAGUUCAUCAUAAAGAUUCUUACCAGAAAUGCCCAGCUAGAUAGCUUCUCUGAGAGCAAGCCAAAGGCAGAGCAAAUUGCUUCUCUACCAUAAUGCCGCGCUACACGUGUAUGGCAAAGUGAAAAGGCUUCAAGGCAUUUUCGGUUACGGUACUUCGUCACGGGAAUCAAUCGAAUCCCGGG